AUUAGGGCCGGGGCGAAUGGCUGGCAAUCUUACUGGGAUUACAGAACAAAGAGCCUCCCUGCGCUCCCGCUCUCGGCUCCGCCGCGCCGCCCCGCCCUCCGCCGCAGCCCGCCGGGGGUGGGGGCCCGCGCAGCCCCCGGCCGGCCGCCCCGCGCCCUCCGCGCCGCGCCCGCCCGCGCUCCGGAGCAGUCGGGAGGCAGCGGCAGGAGGCUGCGUCCUGGCCGCGGGCCGGGGCCGGGGCGCCGCGGGCAGGAGCGCUUGGGGAUCCUCCAAGGUGACCAUGGCCUUGCUGGGGAAGCGCUGUGACAUCCCCGCCAACGGCUGCGGGCCUGACCGCUGGAACUCCGCCUUCGCCCGCAAAGAGGAGAUCAUCACCAGCCUGGUGUCGGCCCUGGACUCCAUGUGCUCGGCGCUGUCCAAGCUGAACGCCGAGGUGGCCUGCGUGGCCGUGCACGAUGAGAGCGCGUUCGUGGUGGGCACCGAGAAGGGCCGGGUCUUCCUGAACGCCCGCAAGGAGCUGCAGACGGACUUCCUCAGGUUCUGCCGAGGGCCCCUGUGGAAGGAUCCGGAGGGAGAGCACCCCAAGAAGAUGCCUCGGGGCGAGGGGGGCUGCCGGAGCGUCCCGCGGUCCUCCCUGGAGCACGGCUCCGACGUCUACCUGCUGCGGAAGAUGGUAGAGGAGGUGUUUGAUGUUCUUUAUAGUGAGGCGCUGGGCAGGGCCAGCGUGGUGCCCCUGCCCUACGAGAGGCUGCUCAGGGAGCCGGGGCUGCUGGCCGUGCAGGGCUUGCCCGAGGGCCUGGCCUUCCGGAGGCCGGCUGAGUACGACCCCAAGGCCCUCAUGGCCAUCCUGGAGCACAGCCACCGCAUCCGCUUCAAGCUCAAGAGGCCCCUCGACGAAGGCGGGCGGGACUCGAAGGCCCUGGUGGAGCUGAAUGGCGUCUCCCUGCUGCCCAAGGGGUCUCGGGACUGCAGCCUGCACGGCCAGGUCCCCAAGGCCGCCCCGCAGGACCUGCCCCCCACCGCCGCCUCCUCCUCCGUGGCCAGCUUCCUGUACAGCGCCGCGCUCCCCGCGCACGCCCUCCGCGAGCUCAAGCAGGAGCCGCCCGCCUGCCCGCUGGCCCCCAGCGACCUGGGCCUGGGCCGGCCCGGUCCUGAGCCCAAGGCCCCCGGCGCCCAGGACUUCGACUGCUGUGGACAGAAGCCCCCGGGGCCGGGAGGGCCGCUCAUCCAGAACGUCCACGCCUCCAAGCGCAUCCUCUUCUCCAUCGUCCACGACAAGUCAGAGAAGUGGGACGCCUUCAUCAAGGAGACGGAGGACAUCAACACGCUGCGCGAGUGUGUGCAGAUCCUGUUCAACAGCAGAUACGCGGAAGCCCUGGGCCUGGACCACAUGGUCCCCGUCCCCUACAGGAAGAUUGCCUGUGACCCCGAGGCCGUGGAAAUCGUGGGCAUUCCCGACAAGAUCCCCUUCAAGCGCCCCUGCACUUACGGGGUCCCCAAGCUGAAGCGGAUCCUGGAGGAGAGACACAGCAUCCACUUCAUCAUCAAGAGGAUGUUUGACGAGCGGAUUUUCACAGGGAACAAGUUUACCAAAGACCCCACCAAGCUGGAGCCUGCCAGCCCCCCCGAGGACCCCUCUGCAGAAGGCUCGAGGGCCGCCGUCCUCGACCUGGCUGGGACUGUCCGGUCGGACAAGGGCAGUGUCUCCGAAGACUGUGGGCCAGGCACCUCUGGGGAGCUGGGCAUACUGAGGCCCAUCAAAAUUGAGCCAGAGGACCUGGACAUCAUUCAGGUCACUGUCCCAGACCCUUCACCCACCUCUGAGGAGAUGACGGACUCCAUGCCUGGGCAUCUGCCUUCCGAGGACUCUGGUUAUGGGAUGGAGAUGCUGACUGAGAAAGGCCCUAGCGAGGACCCACGGCCGGAGGAGAGGCCCGUGGAGGACAGCCCUGGGGACGUGAUCCGGCCGCUUCGGAAGCAGGUGGAGCUGCUCUUCAACUCUCGAUACGCCAAGGCCAUCGGCAUCCCGGAGCCCGUCAAGGUGCCCUACUCCAAGUUCCUGAUGCACCCCGAGGAGCUGUUCGUGGUGGGGCUGCCCGAAGGCAUCUCCCUCCGCAGGCCCAACUGCUUUGGGAUCGCCAAGCUCCGGAAGAUCCUGGAAGCCAGCAACAGCAUCCAGUUCGUCAUCAAGAGGCCCGAGCUGCUCACCGAGGGCGUCAAGGAGCCCAUCGUGGACAGUCAAGAGAGGGAUUCCGGGGACCCUCUUGUGGACGAGAGCCUGAAGAGACAGGGCUUUCAAGAAAAUUACGAUGCCAGGCUGUCGCGGAUCGACAUCGCCAACACGCUCAGGGAGCAGGUGCAGGACCUGUUCAACAAGAAGUACGGGGAGGCCUUGGGCAUCAAGUACCCCGUCCAGGUGCCCUACAAGCGGAUCAAGAGCAACCCCGGCUCGGUGAUCAUCGAGGGGCUGCCCCCGGGAAUCCCCUUCCGGAAGCCCUGCACCUUCGGCUCCCAGAACCUGGAGAGGAUCCUGGCCGUGGCUGACAAGAUCAAGUUCACGGUCACCAGGCCCUUCCAAGGACUCAUCCCCAAGCCUGAUGAGGACGACGCCAACAGGCUGGGGGAGAAGGUGAUCCUGCGAGAGCAGGUGAAGGAGCUCUUCAACGAGAAGUACGGUGAGGCCCUGGGCCUGAACCGCCCAGUGCUGGUCCCUUACAAACUGAUCCGGGACAGCCCCGACGCCGUGGAGGUCACGGGCCUGCCGGACGACAUCCCUUUCCGGAACCCCAACACCUAUGACAUCCACCGGCUGGAGAAGAUCCUGAAGGCCCGGGAGCACGUGCGCAUGGUCAUCAUCAACCAGCUCCAACCUUUUGCAGAAAUCUGUAACGAUGCCAAGGUGCCAGCCAAAGACAGCAGCAUCCCCAAGCGCAAGAGAAAGCGGGUCUCGGAAGGCAACUCCGUCUCCUCCUCCUCCUCCUCCUCGUCAUCCUCUUCCAACCCGGAGCCUGUGGCCCCCGCCAGCCAGAUUUCACUCGUGCAAUGGCCAAUGUACAUGGUGGACUAUGCCGGCCUGAACACGCAGCUCCCGGGACCUCUUAAUUACUAGACCUCAGAGCUGAACCAGGACCUCACUCAGAAAGACUAAAGGAAAUGUAAUUUAUGUACAAAGUGUAUAUUCGGAUAUGUAUCGAUGCCUUUUAGUUUUUCCAAUGAUUUUUACACUAUAUUCCUGCCGCGAAGGCCUUUUUAAAUAAGUAAAAAAAAAAAAAA